GUUGAUUCUCAGGCCAAGGAACAAUUUCGGCCCCAGUACCAGGGUUCUGAUUGGGCAAGGCGGGGCGGCUUCACAGGCCUUAUCAACCACUCAGAAAACAGCAGCCCCAACUGCGAACACUACAGGAAUGGCAUGUGAUGCGGCGCAGUGCCACUGGACUGGCUAUAAAGCUCAAGUCAGAUAAGCUGAGCUUCAACUUGACCUGUCAGAAACAUUCCCUGUCCGAUUAAUUAGUGCUCCGUGCUGGUAAUCUUUGGUAUUUUCGAGGCAAGCUGGACAUCUAGGUUGUCAAGAUGGUAACCGAGACCGAGGGGACAUUCAAGAUCGGGGAUAAAAGCCUCUACACGAAAACAUGGCUUCCCGAUGGCAAGCCUAAGGCAAAGCUCAUCUUCAUCCAUGGCUUCAGCGACCAUGUGGGGCGGUACUACGGCUUCUUCCCCUUCCUGGCGGAGCGCGGCAUCGCCGUCUACGGCUUCGACCAGCGGGGCUGGGGCCGCAGCGUGUCGGCGCCGUCAGAGAAGGGGCUGACGGGGCCGACGUCGCGGGUGGUUGCGGACAUGGCGGCCUUCAUCGAGCCGCAUCUGCCGUCGUCGCCGACGGACCCGCCCCUCUUCGUCAUGGGCCACUCGAUGGGGGGCGGGCAGGUGCUGACGCUGGCAUGCGACCCGAUGUACGCGGACCGCAUCACGUCGCGGGUCCGCGGCUGGCUGCUCGAGGCGCCGUUCAUCGCGUUCGCGCCCGAGGAGGUCCCCUCGGCGCUCAAGGUGUUCGCCGGCCGGCUGGCAGGCCGGUUCCUGCCGCGCCGGCACCUCGUGCACGCCAUCCCGCCCGAGAACCUCAGCCGCGACCCCGAAGUGGUCAGGUCGCUUGCCGAGGACGCCCUCGUGCACAACACGGGAACCCUCGAGGGCCUGGCCGGCAUGCUCGACCGGACGGCGGCGCUGGGGGGUGGGAGCGUCAGGGCGAGGGGUGGGAUGCGCGCGCUGUGGAUCGGGCACGGGACGGCUGACAAGGGGACCAGCUAUGAGGGGAGCAAGAAGUGGUUCGACGAGUGCACCGGCGCCGUUGCGGAUAAGACGUUUAGGACUUAUGAGGGGUGGUAUCACCAGCUGCACGCCGAUCCCGGCAAGGAGCUAUUCUACGCUGAUGUCGCGGGCUGGAUUCUGGAGAGGGCUGGGACGGAGGCGCCAGAGGCAAAGCUCUAGGUUCUGGCUGGAUCACGUAAGGUGUAUUUAUUUAUUCUAUUUGCCUGUAGCUACCUAGGUUGUUCCUUCGUAGUUAAUAAUACCCCGAGAACAGUUGUUGAUUGCGUUUAACCUUGGCUCUUUAG